UGACUUACUGAGUGAACUUGAGCAGGUCCCUUUCGCCCAUGGGCGUCGGUUUCUUCAUCUGCACCAAGGAGACGGAAAACUGGAUUACGUGUCGCUAAGGCCCCGGGUUCUCAGAGGAAAGCUCACCCCUGCAGGGCCGCCUUGCUCCGCGCGCUUGGGGCCCGCUGCACGACAAGCCCCAGCAUGCUGGGGAGGCGGGGCUCAGUGACGGACAGGGAGCUCUGCGAAUUGGCGCCCGGCAAGGGGUGCUCAACGGCGCGUGCGCAGAGGGAGGCAGGCGGGUGGGCUGGCGGCGGUGGACUCGUCGGAGCCGCGGGCGGUCAGAUGAGUGAUGGGGAAAGAGCUUUUGGAAGUUUGAGUUAAUUCCUUAUGGUCAUGCAGCUAAGAAUUUGACCCUCUAGGGCAUGAAUACUGUGCUGUUCAGUUCUGAGCUGUGCUAGCAAUACCCUUCAAAGGAAGAGCAAUGGCUGCAGCAGCAGCUUCUCACCUGAACCUGGAUGCCCUCCGGGAAGUGCUAGAAUGCCCCAUCUGCAUGGAGUCCUUCACAGAAGAGCAGCUGCGUCCCAAGCUUCUGCACUGUGGCCAUACCAUCUGCCGCCAGUGCCUGGAGAAGCUAUUGGCCAGUAGCAUCAAUGGUGUCCGCUGUCCCUUUUGCAGCAAGAUUACCCGCAUAACCAGCUUGACCCAGCUGACAGACAAUCUGACAGUGCUAAAGAUCAUUGAUACAGCUGGGCUCAGCGAGGCUGUGGGGCUGCUCAUGUGUCGGUCCUGUGGGCGGCGUCUGCCCCGGCAGUUCUGCCGGAGCUGUGGUUUGGUGUUAUGUGAGCCCUGCCGGGAGGCAGACCAUCAGCCUCCUGGCCACUGUACACUCCCUGUCAAAGAAGCAGCUGAGGAGCGGCGUCGGGACUUUGGAGAGAAGUUAACUCGUCUGCGGGAACUUAUGGGGGAGCUGCAGCGGCGGAAGGCAGCCUUGGAAGGUGUCUCCAAGGACCUUCAGGCAAGGUAUAAAGCAGUUCUCCAGGAGUAUGGGCAUGAGGAGCGCAGGGUCCAGGAUGAGCUGGCUCGCUCUCGGAAGUUCUUCACAGGCUCUUUGGCUGAAGUUGAGAAGUCCAAUAGUCAAGUGGUAGAGGAGCAGAGUUACCUGCUUAACAUUGCAGAGGUGCAGGCUGUGUCUCGCUGUGACUACUUCCUGGCCAAGAUCAAGCAGGCAGAUGUAGCACUACUGGAGGAGACAGCUGAUGAGGAGGAGCCAGAGCUCACUGCCAGCUUGCCUCGGGAGCUCACCCUGCAAGAUGUGGAGCUCCUUAAGGUAGGUCAUGUUGGCCCCCUCCAAAUUGGGCAAGCUGUUAAGAAGCCCCGGACAGUUAACAUGGAAGAUUCCUGGGCCAUGGAGGCCACAGCCUCUGCUGCCUCUACGUCUGUUACUUUUAGAGAGAUGGACAUGAGCCCGGAGGAAGUGGUUGCCAGCCCUAGGGCCUCACCUGCUAAACAGCGGGGUCCUGAGGCAGCCUCCAAUAUCCAGCAGUGCCUCUUUCUCAAGAAGAUGGGGGCCAAAGGCAGCACUCCAGGAAUGUUCAAUCUUCCAGUCAGUCUCUACGUGACCAGUCAAGGUGAAGUACUAGUCGCUGACCGUGGUAACUAUCGUAUACAAGUCUUUACCCGCAAAGGCUUUUUGAAGGAAAUCCGCCGCAGCCCCAGUGGCAUUGAUAGCUUUGUGCUAAGCUUCCUUGGGGCAGAUCUACCCAACCUCACUCCUCUCUCAGUGGCAAUGAACUGCCAGGGGCUGAUUGGUGUGACUGACAGCUAUGAUAACUCCCUCAAGGUAUAUACCUUGGAUGGCCACUGCGUGGCCUGUCACAGGAGCCAGCUGAGCAAACCAUGGGGUAUCACAGCCCUGCCAUCUGGCCAGUUUGUAGUAACCGAUGUGGAAGGUGGAAAGCUUUGGUGUUUCACAGUUGAUCGAGGAUCAGGGGUGGUCAAAUACAGCUGCCUAUGUAGUGCUGUGCGGCCCAAAUUUGUCACCUGUGAUGCUGAGGGCACCGUCUACUUCACCCAGGGCUUAGGCCUCAAUCUGGAGAAUCGGCAGAAUGAGCACCACCUGGAGGGUGGCUUUUCCAUUGGCUCUGUAGGCCCUGAUGGGCAGCUGGGUCGCCAGAUUAGCCACUUCUUCUCGGAGAAUGAGGAUUUCCGCUGCAUUGCUGGCAUGUGUGUGGAUGCUCGUGGUGAUCUCAUCGUGGCUGACAGUAGUCGCAAGGAAAUUCUCCAUUUUCCUAAGGGUGGGGGCUAUAGUGUCCUUAUUCGAGAGGGACUUACCUGUCCGGUGGGCAUAGCCCUAACUCCUAAGGGGCAGCUGCUGGUCUUGGACUGUUGGGAUCAUUGCAUCAAGAUCUACAGCUACCAUCUGAGAAGAUAUUCCACCCCAUAGGGGAUGAGAAAUUAUCAGUUUCUUCUGCUCCCAAGCCAACUUCCCUUCCCUUAGUUCUUGGUUGUUAGUGGCACAUGCAGAAUAGACUCAGCCUAUGUCCUGAUUCCAGCUGGGUAGUUCUAGAACUUUAGAAGCUCCAUCUUUUAAUGUUUUUAUUUGUUAUGUCCCCCUCCCCACUUCCCACCUAUAGGACACACGAUGGUGUUAGCUGAAGUUUGAUUAGCAAUUAGGCACUUCCAAGGCUUUAGUAGAGAGAGCCACUUUAGCCCUUUGUGCCAUGUUUGAAAUUGCCCUUGUAUUAAAUCCUUGAUUUUUUCCCAUUUGGCUUUGAUGCCCUUGAUCCAUUGUUUCCUUCCUACUAUAAUGUGCUUCAUCUGUGACACUUUCUCUUCAACCCUGAUUGGAUUCACUGUGUAUGCUUCAGUGGGAUCUGCUCCACCUUUCAGUGACAUUUAAGACAUCAUAUUCCCGUAACAUUAUGUCUCAGUCUGAUCGUCUUUACCAGUAUGAAAGUCAUUCAUUUAGUGCUACCAAAGGGGAUACACAGGCCCUUUAGGAAGCAGUACCUCUCGCCUGGAGGAUCUGUGCCAUCUUGGAUUGAGAAUUGCAGAUGUGACAGAAUGGAUUGACCCUAGUUGGUUGGUAUUGAUGACUUCAGCCUGGAAAUUGCUUGCCUUUUAAAGAAGCAUAUAUGGGUUGGAAUUAUGCCAAAGCAUAGGAAGCUGGGAAUAAGCAAACAAAUGCUGAUAUAGUCAGCAAAUUUGGAUAGUCUCUAGGGCUCAUCAUUUUUCAUACUACCUCUCUCUUCUGGCCUGUGUCUAAGGAAUUGUACAACAUAGGCCAGGGCCAGCAAAGUGGAGAGGUAGACACAUUUUCAUGUUCAUUACUAAAACAAACAGCAAAACUAUUGGUUUGUUAUUCUGUGUUUUCCUCAAGUCAGUACGUACUAUUUGGUUUCAGGAUUUCUUUCCAUUUCUCUAUCAAGCAUUAAAUAAUUGAGAACUGUUUCUUGA